AUGGGUUUGACAGGCCUGGUGAGGGUCGCAAACCCUCGCUUAGCAUAUCGAAUACCCCGUCAAAGACUCUAUCGACACGCUUCGACCUCUCGCUACCCACCACCUUCCCAUUUUCCCUCUGGCCAUCCACCACCUCCAAAGCCCAAGGAGUCCAGUUCAAAUCUGAACUACAUCUUUUGGGGGGCUCAGUUCAUCUUCGGAGCUGGUCUUUCCUUUCUGGCGGGCUACUACGUGGCAGCUUGGCGUAAUGCGUCAACCUUGUCCAACAACGCGGGUGAUACUUCGCUCGUCCCAUCUGUCAUUGCCGUCCGACGACAGGAGCUGAGUCCUCCAAGCUAUGGCUCGAAGAAAGACUAUGACCAGGCGAUCGAAGACAUCAAGAAGAUGUUGAGGCGCAAAGGUCUGAGCUUAGAGGACAGAGUCAGUAUCGACCCUUCAGAUCUGGAGAGCCAUGGAGUCAGCGAUUGGAGUUAUCAUGAGGAGAAAAGACCGACAGUGGUCGUCUGGGUCGAGACAACGGAAGAAGUCCAAGAGAUCAUGCUCAUCGCGAGGCAGCACAGAGUACCUAUCACGCCUUACGGAGGCGCGACAUCAUUGGAGGGUCAUUUCUCAUCGCCCUACGGCGGAAUCUCGCUCGAUCUGUCUCGCAUGAACAGAAUCCUGCGUGUGUCCGAGGCCGAUGGAGAUGCGACGGUUCAGUGUGGAGUGAAGUGGGAGGAUCUCAACGAGCAUCUUGCGGCGAACAAUGUUCCAUUGUUCUUUCCGUUGGAUCCUGGGCCUGGCGCGACGAUCGGAGGCAUGGUCGGCACUGGAUGCAGUGGGACGAAUGCAGUGCGUUACGGGACGGCAAAGGCGGAGUGGUUUUUGAACUUGACUGUGGUCUUGCCUUCUGGUGAGAUUAUCAAGACCCGACAGAGAGCACGCAAGUCGUCUGCAGGCUGGGACACGACCAAGCUAUUCAUCGGAGCUGAAGGGACCUUGGGAAUUGUGACCGAGGCAACCCUGAGACUAGCGCCUUUGAUGCCGACAAAGUGCGCAGUGGUCACAUUCAAUGGUGUCGAGGAGGCUGUCAGUGCUGCCACCGAAGUGGUGAAUGCCGGGUUCCCAGUACAAUGCGUAGAGUUCCUCGACGCGAGAACGAUGAAGGCUAUCAACCAGGGUGGCAUCUCCGGUCGACAAUAUCCCGAAAAGGACUGCUUGUUCUUCAAGUUCCAAGGUACCGACAGCGCCAUGGCGGACGUGUCGAAAGGCGUUCAGGCAGUCACCAAAAAGCAUGGCGGGAAAGACUUCACCUUCUCGAGGACAGACAAGGAGGCGCAAGAUCUAUGGCAGGGGCGCAAGGCGGCACUAUGGAGUGUCUUGGCUUUGCGAGAGGGUGCCAGAGUGUGGACGACGGAUGUCUGCGUCCCGAUCUCUGAGCUCCCUCGAUUGAUUCGCGAGACGACGGAAGACUUUGAGCAGCGUGGACUUACGGCGUGCCACUUUGGACACGUCGGAGACGGCAACGUUCACUCUUUGGCCCUUUUCUCGGAUGAUGACGAACUGGCCAAGAUUCGAGAAGCCGUGCAUGAAAUGGUCGAGCGGGCUAUAAGAUUAGACGGCACAUGCACUGGCGAGCACGGAGUGGGACUGGGCAAGGUGGAGUAUUUGGACGGGGAGCUAGGCAGAGGUACAGUCAAUCUCAUGGAGACUGUCAAACGGACGCUGGAUCCGUUCAACCUGCUGAAUCCUGGCAAGAUCUAUCCUCAUAUCAAACCUGUGGCCCCAAAGCUGUAG